UUGUAAGAAGCCAUUGGGGCGUCCACCAAACCCUUUCCCUUCAAAAACCAGACUCACUUCUUCAUCUUCUUCAAAUCUUUCUCCCCUUCUCUCAAAAUCUUCUCAUCCAUGGCGGCCACUACUUCCCCUACCUCCUUUCUUCUUCAGAAUCCACAUACCCACCAUGUCAAAUCUUCCAUUUCCACCUCCCACUUCAACACCCUCCCUCUCCCUUCUCCCUCUCCAAAGCGCAUCUCAAUCUCCUGUGUAGCGUCCACCACCACCUCUGUCGGGAUCCAAAAUCCCUCUUCGUCGCAGAAUCCUUCCGAUGAUCGGGUCUUCAACUUCGCCGCUGGCCCUGCCACCUUGCCCGAGACUGUCCUGAGAAAGGCUGAGUCUGAGCUCUUCAACUGGCGCGGAUCUGGCAUGAGCGUUAUGGAAAUGAGCCACAGAGGUAAAGAUUUCACAUCCAUAAUCCAGAAGGCCGAAUCAGAUCUCCGUAGCCUUCUGGAUAUUCCCUCCGAUUACGCCGUUUUGUUCUUGCAGGGUGGCGCCACCACUCAAUUCGCUGCGAUCCCUUUGAAUCUGUGCAAGCCCGACGACACCGUCGAUUAUGUCGUCACUGGUUCAUGGAGCGACAAGGCCUUCAAAGAGGCUCAGAAAUACUGUAAACCUAAGGUAAUUUGGUCCGGCAAAUCGGAAAAAUACACCAAAAUCCCUGCAUUCGAGGAUCUGGAACAAAGCCCUAAUGCCAAAUAUAUGCAUAUUUGUGCAAACGAGACCAUCCAUGGAGUUGAAUUCAAGAACUACCCAAAUCCGAAGAGCCUCUUGGUGGCCGAUAUGUCCUCCAAUUUCUGCUCGAAGCCUGUGGACAUAUCCAAAUUUGGGAUAAUUUAUGCAGGAGCACAGAAGAAUGUAGGGCCAUCUGGGGUCACCAUUGUAAUCAUCAGGAAGGAUCUGAUCGGUGGAGCACAAGAGAUCACUCCAGUGAUGUUGGACUACAAGAUCCACCAUGAAAACUCGUCGCUCUACAACACCCCACCUUGUUAUGGCAUCUACAUGUGUGGAUUGGUAUUUGAAGAUCUGCUGGCACAGGGGGGGCUAAGGGAGGUAGAGAAGAAGAACAAGAAGAAGGCUGAGAUCCUUUACGAGGCAAUCAACCAGAGCAACGGGUUCUACCGGUGCCCGGUCGAGCCAUCGGUGAGGUCGUUGAUGAAUGUACCAUUUACUCUAGAGAAGGCAGAAUUGGAAGGCGAGUUUGUGAAGGAAGCAGCAAAGGAGAAGAUGGUUCAGCUGAAGGGACAUAGAUCAGUGGGAGGAAUGAGAGCUUCAAUAUACAAUGCAAUGCCAUUGGCUGGAGUGGAGAAAUUGGUUGCUUUCAUGAAGGAAUUCCAGGGAAGGCAUGCUUGAUAAUAUCAUACAAUGUGAGAUGUAAUUUGCAGGUCUGAAGUGAAAUAACGCUGGAUCUUUGUUUUGUUUUGGGUUUUGUUUCUUUUUUUGUUGGUGAUCUUGCUGGAUCUUUGUUUGUCCAAUGUGGGGGUGGGGAGUUGUGUUUUUUAGUGGGGUUUUUGAGAUAAAUUUUCACAUGAGGAUUUUUGAUCUUCUGCAGAAAAAAGAUGAGUAGUAGUAGUCGUAGUUUAGGCUGAUGAUUAUAUAAUAAUCGAAGCUUUUGAGUCAAUAAUUUCUAUAGGCUGCUAUAUCAAUCAAGGCUUUGACUCUAUAAUAA